UUGUGAAUUGAGCUCUGAAAUUGCUCAAAAGGGAGCUACUAAUCGAGAUAAACUGUCAGUUGCAGUCUGUCACUUGGCGUCGUUGAGAACUAAACGAAAAUCAUCAAUACACGUUUGCGAGUGUUUGUAUUCUAGGAAUUGAUGCCGUAGCUUACAGACUGUAUGUUGUUCUGAAUUUUGCAUUUUUCAGACAAGCACCAAACAAGGUAGACAUAUUGAAAGAUACGUGAAACCAAACAUUUUCAGUAGAAAAAAAUCGACGACAAACGAAAUGAACCCAUUCAAAUGUAUUUUGAGUGGACACAGCUGGCGCAAAUCAAAGUCCACGAAGGUUGGAGUCAAGCAAGAGUCUGGUAUUAAGGAAGAGCCCAAUAACGACGGUAGUGUCAUUGACUUACCACGACCGAGAGUUGAUGGAAGAUAUCGUGUGAAUUACGAAGGACCGUUCGACUUUGAUUAUGACUUUGAUGUGCUUAAAGAUGAAAUCAAAUGUGAAGAAGAAGAAGUGGACGAAGAAAAGAGCUCGGCACCAUGUGAAAGAUCGAAUGACAGCGCCGCUAAUGAUGAUAACAACGAGGAGCUCAUGGGUGAUGUAAUCGAUGUGCAACAACCGCAACCAGUCGGCAGCGGGAAUGAAAGGAAUGCAAGCUCCAAAGGACGAAACAAACGAGCGAUUCCCAGGAAUCAAGUGGCCAAAAAUCAAAAGAAGCACAAAUGUCAUGUGUGCAAUCAUAUGGCAAGUAAUAAGUUUAACCUCAAAGUACACUUGCGAAUUCACACUGGAGAAAAGCCGUAUCAGUGUGAUGUUUGUUUGAAGUCCUUUGCAGGAAAAUUUGAUCUCAACCGUCAUAAAAAAAUGCAUGGUCAAUUUCGAUGUUCAAAAUGCAAUCAAGGAUUUGAACAAGAAUCGUUCAAGAUCGAUCAUGAACGAUCGUGUAGUCCACGUCGAUUGGAAUGCGAUAUUUGCGGAUAUAGCGGUAUACAAAAAUCAAAUUUAAGAACGCAUAUGCAGAUCCACACCGGGGGAAAGCCGUUCAAAUGCUCAAUUUGUUGCAAGUCGUUUACAGCCAACGCUCAUCUCCGGAAUCAUUCAAUGGCGCACAAAGCUGAACUGCCGGACGCUUGUUCAAAAUGUGGUCGAAGAUUCGCCACUCUAGAAGAUAAGCAAACGCAUGAAUUGCGUUGUCAACGUAAAUUGAUCGAAUGUGGAAUUUGCAGCAAACAAUUCGUCCAACAGAUUAAACUAAAGCAACAUUUGUCAUCAAAACACAGCGAUCAGUUCCCAUUCCAAUGCUGCAAAUGCUUCGGAGGAUAUGCAACCGAAGAUGAAAAAGCUGCCCAUGAAGAUAGCUGUGGCUUCCGUCAGUACCAAUGUUAUUUGUGUAAAGAGUAUCGUCGAGAAAAACAAGAUUUGGAGAUACACAUGCGAAAAGAUCACACCGGAGAGCGGAUUCAGUGCAGAGUGUGUGCUGCAAGUUUUUGCAACAGAAGUAAUGCCAAUCAACACAUGAAAACAGUACAUCAUUCGAAGAAAUAAUAAUUAACCAAUGACCCCAUUAAUUAAAAAGUAGUCAAGUUUUAGAUUCCUUAUUCCCUUUAAUAGACACGUACAUCAAUUGAUCUAUUUGAAAGACUUCCAAAAACUUUUCUUACAACAAUUCGAGAUAAUUCUAAAAUACAAUUCAACAUCUUUUGACCAUAAAAUAUUCAUUACAACAUAUUAUAUUUAAGCCCUAUUUACUAUUUUUGAACUGUAAAAGAACAGAUUGACAGAAAUAUAUUGGAACUGGAAUAAAAAGAAAAAGGAAGAACAAUUUUGCUUUUGAGUGCUGAGUUUAUUUUUGCAAAUAUUUUUUUUCAAGCGAAAGAAUCAAAUCCUUUGGAAAUUAUGUUUUCUUGGCAAAUCCAACUCUGCAAUGCAAUCAAAUCCGUAUGUUUUGUUUAAAAAGUUUAAUUUUCAAAUUAUGUCGUUCACAAUUCUCAUUGUUCAUUUAUUCCCCUUGAAUUGAUUUCUAAUUUCUUGUCCAUUUGCUCAAUUCCUUUGCCGAAACUUCAAGAAAUGUCAAACUACAGACUCCAUAUUUUCGAUUACGAACAAAACCAUACUCUUCCGAUGCGACUCUUCUUCAAUCUAUGGAUUGAUUAAUAAUAACAACAGAUUUGAAUAGAAUUAAUGACUUAGAUUGAUUUUGUUCGAUUUCAAUUAUUCAUAGAAGCCACCAAUAAUGGGCCACAAUGAAUUCAAUUCACAUACAUUUCCCUCACAAACGCAUAAUGAAUUCAAACUCGUCGUCAGCCUCAAUUCGAUUUUAUUUUGUAAUACUAUAGAAUUCUUAUUUCAGAAAUAUUAGCAAAUGAAGUUGAUGGCCGGAUGUCAUUUAUAAUUACAUGUACCGUCAAUGGCUUCGUUUUCAUUUUAAUUCUAUGCAUUUGUUGAACCAGAGUUUGUAACAGUAUUCGUUGCGUUCGCGAGACAUACAUAAUUCUGCGAUGCUAAUUUGUUCACAUUGCAAUAUAAACACAACGAAUAAGUUUGUUUUUGUUUGACAACCAAAUAUUCUGAUUACGCGGAAUGCACGCACGCAAUAGCAAAGCGAUCUUUGUUUUCAUAGAGCACAACGUUUGGUUUCAAAACAUUUCUUUGACCAUUGGAAUUCGAAAAAGAAAGUUUUGCAUGAAUUCAACUGAAAUUUUCGAAUCGAGCUCUGAAUUUGCUCAACCACCAUUUGACAGCUACCAAUGGAGAUGAAGUGUCACUUUGCGUCGUUGAGAACUUGACGAAACUCACCAACACAAAUAGCACGCUUGCAAGUGUAUGAGCCGUAGACAUUGAUGCUGUUACUUACAGACAAUGCAUUACUCUGAGUUUGUCAUUGUUCAGACAACCACCAAGCUAGGCAGACACAUUGGAAGAUACAAGAAAAAACUAUUUUUAGCGACAACAAACGUAAGCGCUAGAUAUUUUUUCAUUUAUUCGGAUGUCAUUUUUUGAGUAUAAACACACAUAACCUAACUUACGAGGGUUUGUGCUGAGUGCACAUUUCAUGCGUACUUUUUAUUUGCAAAGACACGUGGUUUGCAUUUGAUGGAAUCACUUUUCGUAAUUAUCAAGUAUUUGAUACCCAAACUGUAUUUUUGAUUUUUGAUAUUAUUUUGUCGAAUCCAACAGAAAACGAACCCAUUGAAAGGUGUUUCUGGUAGCCAGCGCAAGCAGGAGGCAAAGUACGCAAUGGUUGAAGUCAAGGAAGAGGUUAUAAAGGAAGAGACAAGCGAUGAAGGUGUCAUCAACAUACCACGGCUGAGAGUUGAUGGAAGAUAUCUAGCGAACUACGAAGGACCGAUCGACUUUGAUUAUGACUUUUAUGAGAUCAAAGAUGAAAUCAAAUGUGAAGACAAAGUGACGGGCAAAGACAAAGAAUCGACACCAUGUGAACAAUCGAAUGACAGCGCCGCCAACGAUUUUGACAACGAAGAGCUAAUAGGUGACGCAAUCGAUUUUCAAACACUGCAUCCAGUCGGCAACGUGAAAAAAUGGAAUGGAAGCUCCAACCGACGAAACAAACGAACGAUUCCCAAGAAUCCAGUGGUCAAAAAGCAAAACAAGCACAAAUGUCAUGUGUGCAAUCAUUUGGCAAGUUACAAGUCUCAACUCAUAAUACACUUGCGGACUCAUACUGGGGAGAAGCCGUUCCAGUGUGAUGUUUGUUUGAAGUCCUUUGCACGAAAAGAUCAUCUGAAAGGUCAUAAGAAAACGCAUGGCCAAUUUCGUUGUUCAAAAUGUAAUCAAGGAUUUGAACAAGAAUCAGCCAAGAUCGAUCAUGAAAGAUUGUGUAAUCCCAUCAGAUUUGAAUGUGAUAUUUGCGGAUAUCAGACUGUGGUGAAAUCCAGUUUGACAGUACAUAUGCGGGUCCACACCAGGGAAAAGCCGUUCGAGUGCUCAAUUUGUUUCAAGUCGUUUGCAAGAAACACUGUUCUCCGAAGUCAUUCAAUGACUCACAUCGAUGAACUGCCGAAUGUUUGUUCGAAAUGUGGCCAAAGAUUCGCCACUCCAAAAGAUAAGCAAACGCAUGAAUUGCGUUGUCAACGUAAAUCGAUCAGAUGCGCAAUUUGCAGCAAACAAUUCGUCCAACGAAUGAAACUAAAUCAGCAUUUGUCAUCAAAACACAGCGAUCAGUUCCCAUUCCAAUGCUCCAGGUGCUUCGGAGGUUAUACAACCGAAGAUACAAAAGACGUUCAUGAAGAUAGAUGUGUCUGGCGUCAGUAUCAAUGUCAUCUGUGUGAAGAGCAUUCUCGUUCCAAACAAACAUUGAAGACACACAUGCGAAGAGAUCACACCGGAGAGCGGAUUCAAUGCAAAGUGUGUGCAACAAGCUUUACCAAGAAAAGUUCAUGCCGAUCGACACAUGAAAACAGUUCAUCGUUUGAAGAAGUGAUAAAUAAAUUAUGCAUAUUUGCAUAAAUCCAUAGAUUCACUAAAAAGUAGUUAAGAUUGAAAUCGAUUUUUCAUUCGAUGCCUUUUAAACGGACAUAUUAACUGAACCUACACUUUCAAACAAUUGAAAUACAUUCCAUUAAUUUUAAUUCAUUUUCUGAAAUCGUUAUUAAAUAGUAUCUACCAUUUUAAAAACAAACAAAUAAUGAAUACCACCUUAGAUUUAAGCUCCAAUUUUUAAUGAAACAAUACCAGAAUAAAUUGAAGUAAAGGAGAGGAGAGAGUUGACUUUCAUUUCGGAGAUUAUUUUUACAGCAUUUUUUGGUUGACGAAUGAAAUAAAUGGCGUUUGGCAAAUGUGUUGAUACAAAAUCAACUCUGCACUUCGAUUGAGUUUGUCAGUUUUUAUGAUAAUGUUUCGGUUUCAAAGCGGUAUUGAAAUAUUUGGUUUGCCUUUAUUCAUGAUUAAUUGUCCAUUUCUGUGGUCUUCAGAAGAUAUCACACUAAUCCUGAUAUUUUCGAUUACAAAGGAAUGAAUGAAUGACUUCGAGUGGUUCAAUGCAAUUGCAUUUAAAUUAUUUGAGUCGCUCAUUUGUGCUGGAAGCACAAAUGCACGAUAAAUUCAAUCUCAUUAGCCUUAAUUGAACCGCUGAAAAUAAAUCACAGACUCAAUCGAAGUGUUUGUGAUAGUGGUAUUCAAAUCCGUCAUACGCAUAAAAGGCACAUUGAAAUGCUAGUACGACUCUUUAUACUUUCGAUAAAAUUAUUCAACUUCCAAUUUUGCAAACUUCGCGAUAAAGCCUGAGAUUCAUUCUCAGCGGUUCGAUUCGACUUCUCUUUGUUAAACUGACAGAUAUGUUAGCGAACCCAGUUGUUAUUUGGCUCAUAAUUUACACUCACAUGCACCGUGACUCACACAUACGUCUAACUCUUGCGCACAUAUGCAGUGUAAAUCAAUAUGGUUCAAUUCCAUUCGAUUUUUACAAAAAGAGUGUUGAACGAAAUGAAAUGGUUUCAAUUACAUUUGAUGCAUUUGUUGUGACCGAAAUUCAAAUAAUAUUUGUUGCGUUCGUGAGACAUGCAGCAUUUUUCAUGUUGAUUUGAUUUCUUUCGUAUAAACACAAUGAAUGAGUUUGUUGUUGUUUGUCCACCGCUUUGUUUCUAUUGCAGUAAAACCUCCCGAUAAGAGACACUACCAAAAAGUGGCACAUAUAAAGCUUCUUUUUCAUAAAAUUUCCCUCCAAAAUGCAAAACAAGUCGGAACCAUGCGUCUCCACUCUUGCGAUGCUCAAGUGUACAUCUCUAUAACAACUUUCGAUAUGUACGAUUCCGAUGCCGUAUGAUGAAAUCUCUGACUUUUUAAAAAUGGUAUUUGAAUUCUAUUUCGUUAUCAAUGACUCAACAAAUAUGUGUUGAUUUGACUUCAGUGAGAAUGAUAACAAAUAUUGGCUGUGAAUUUUGGAAUGUCCCUCUACUUCCAUGUCUAUUGCUCAUUGAACAUCGCUCAGUCAUCAUGUGUUUUUUAUUCGAUUGACAGAAUGAUCAUGAUUCCAAACGCAAUGCGUUCGACGAUAUUUGGAUUUGUAGAAUGAACAUUUCGCAUGGAUUUAACCGACAUUUUUGACUUGAGCUCAACGAAUUUGCUCAAAAGAGAGCUACUGAUUGACAUGAAGUGUAUACAUUCGGCGACGUUGUCAACUGAACGAAAUGUCACCAACACUAAUACCAAGCGAUUGCAUCGCAGUAUCAAUGCUAUUGAAUAUGCUGAGCUUGCCAUUGUCCAAUGAGUCACACAGUGAAGCAGACAUCUUGAAAAAUAAUACACAAAAGACCAACAAACAUUUUCAGCAGAAAAAAAGCAAAACGUAAGUGUUGAGCAUUUUUUGUUAUUUAUUUCAAUGUUCGGCUUGAAACUUUUGUUGUGAAAAUUAUGAUUCGAUUGGAUAUUCAUGGAAAUUGAAGACAAUUAAUUUGAAAUACAAGUCUAUGUAGGCAUUUUCAUGGUGUGCAUUUUUUCUUGGCCACACACGCGACAAACACUUUGUUUGCGUUGUGUCGAUUGAUUAGCUAUUUUUUUAUUUUUGAUAUUUCCCUUGAAUUCCCAACAGAAAAUGAAGCCAUUCAAAAGUGUUUCUGGUAGACAACGCAAGCGCAAGACGAAAUCCACAAAGGUCGAAGCUAAGCAAGAGCCUGUUAUUAAGGAAGAGCCCAACGAAGGUGACGAUGUCAUGAACAUACCACAGCCGAGAGUUGAGGGAAGAUAUCGUGUGAAUUACAAAGGACCGGUCGAUUUUGGGUAUGACUUCGAUGAGAUCAAAGAUGAAAUGAAAUAUGAAGAAGAAGAGACGUACAAACAAAAGGACUCGGCACCAUGUGAACGAGCGAAUGAUAGCGCCGCCAACAAUGAUGACAAAGAACAGCAUAUGGGUGAUGCAAUCGAUGUGCAACCACCGCAUCCAGUCAGCAGCGUAAAGAAAUGGAAUGCAAGCUCCAAAGAACGAAACAAACGAGCGAUUCCCAGGAAUCAAGUGGCCAAAAAGCAAAAGAAGCACAAAUGCCAUGUGUGCAAUCAUUUGGCAAGUUGCAAGUCUAAACUCAUGCGACACUUGCGAACUCACACUGGAGAGAAGCCGUUUCAGUGUGAUGUUUGUUUGAAGUCUUUUGCACGAAAAAAUGAUCUGAACAGUCAUAAGAAAAUGCAUGGUCAAUUUCGAUGUUCAAAAUGCAAUCAAGGAUUUGAACAAGAAUCAUUCAAGAUCGAUCAUGAAAGGCUAUGCAAUCCCUGCCAAUUUGAAUGCGAUAUUUGCGGAUAUACAACACGGCAAAAAUCAAGUUUGACAGUUCAUAUGAGGAUCCACACCGGGGAAAAGCCAUUCGAGUGCUCAUUUUGUUUCAAGUCGUUUACAACCAACGCUCAUCUCCGGAAUCAUUCAAUGUCUCACAUCGAUGAACUGCCGAACGCUUGUUCGAAAUGUGGUCGAAGAUUCGCCACUCCAAAAGAUAAGCAAACGCAUGAAUUGCGCUGCCAACUAAAAUCGAUCAGAUGUCAAAUUUGCAAGAGAUUCGUCCAACAGAUGAAACUGAAGCAACAUUUGUCAUCAACACACAGCGAUCAGUUCCCAUUCCAAUGCUCCAGGUGCUUCGGAGGAUAUGCAACCGAAACUGAAAAAA